CUCAUCCCGCCUCGACAAGAAUGUUGGUCGGCCGCUAAACAAGUUAAACGACACGCAAUCAGUCCGUCAUUUCUUACACUUCAUUGUCAGCAGCGCAUCCGAGAAGUGUCAGCAGCUCACCCACUGAUUACGGUAUAUGUACCCGUGAGCUCAUUCCACGUCGCGGCCGACUGCCGAACGGACAUUAUCUAUAAUGUCCGUCCUUUCCACGACCAGAGGAGAGAGGGUCUUUAAGCAACGCUCCGACGGAACCUUCUUCAUUUUCCUGCUCUCGCGGUGGCAUCCAAAUUGGAAACGGCGUUUGAUGGGAUAGGCUGCUGGUGCGAUUGAGCAUUUUGGCGCAUGGAUUUUCCGUUACUCUCCCUCCUGCCAGACCCAGCCGUUACGCAAUCGCCCGAGAGCCAGCUCGUGUAAGUGAAGCUGAGAUGGCGCCAUCCACGCAGCAAUCGUCGCCCUUUUCCGGCGAUGAAGCCAACUCUGACGAGAGUACACUUCCCAAUGCAAGGCCGCAGCCUUCAACGGCAAAAUGGGGAGCCGCAUGUGCUUCCUGCGCGACGGCCAAAGCCAAGUGCAUCCGAUCCAACCCACAGUCUGGCGCCAAAUGUGACAGAUGCGAACGACUGUUCAAGGACUGUGCAGCGCAAGUGCAUCGUCCCCGCAAGAAGAGGGUGGCCAAGCCAUCGAAAACGGUGCAGCUGGAGAACAAGCUGAACGAUCUGUACUCCUUAUUCAAACAUGGGGAGCUGAAGAACGGAGACGUUGAUGAAGACAAGUUGGGCACGCUGCUGGACCCAUGCGUUUCUGCUACUUCACGCAAACCAUCUGCCUCCCCAGUAGACAGCGACAGGGACUGGACGGUACCCAAGGAGUACAACUCUCGUGCUCCGCCGUCAUGUAUCUGUCGGCUUGACGGCGGCCAUGUGCCUCCGAUACCAGACUCGGACGAGACACUCCUUGACACCUACCGUCGCGAGCUCGUGCCAGUCCACCCUUUCGUGGUCGUACCAGCUACCACAUCGGCGGCGCAGCUCAAAACCGAAAGACCCUUCCUCAUGUCGGCCAUCAGGAUGGUUGCCUCUUUCCGAAGCCUGCGCUCGAUGAGGGCGCAGAUGUACUACCUCAUGCAACAAAUUUCAGAGAGGAUGCUUAUUCAGUCAGAGCGAUCACUCGACUUAUUGCUGGGAAUUAUUGUCAUCAUUGGAUAUUACCAAUAUCAUUGCUUCACGCACGCCCAAAUCAGCAACCUGAUCAUGAUGGCACAGGCGUUGGCUGGAGAUCUUGGGCUGAAGAGUAUGCCCACCAGAAGCGAAAGGUCAACGUUGAUGAUGGUCAAGCCACUGGAUGUACAACCUCGAACAAACGAAGAAAGGCGAGCGUUGGCCGGUGUCUGGUUUCUCUCCUCUGCACUCGCCCUGGGGUUCGGCAAGACCGAGUCCAUGCGCUACACUCGGUACCUCGAUCAAUGUGUCCAGGAACUUGCCACUGGGUUGGAGUAUGAGACGGAUGUGAUGCUCAUGAACCUGGUUCGCGUUCAGUACUUGAGCGAUCGCAUCUCGAGAUUCAAUGUCCAGGAUCACAGCACAGACGAAAUGCCAUUAUUUUCAACAGCGCAAGUCAGCCGAACUAGCUAUGUGGCUGCCUUUCAGGCAGAGCUCGACGAGCUGCGGCAGAAACUGCCCCUGGAACUCAAGGUCAACAGAAUAUUGCAAGCCCACAUCAACUCGGCGGUGCUCCGCCUCUACGCACCCCCUAUCAUUGACAGCAACCUAGUCCACCAGAUGGCAGAGUGUCUGACAACACCGCCAGAUGGAGGCUGCUCGCCUCUCGAAGAGCUGUACCGAUCUCGAAAUGCACUCAUCGACUGGUUCGAGAAUUGGCUCGCUAUACCAACAUCAUCAUACUACUGCCAGACGACGGCUACAUGCUCGCUCAUCGUGCAUGCCUGCUCUAUGCUCGGACGGUGGGCGAAGCUCAUCGCUCCGACGAAAGCACACAACAUCGACACCAAUCUCUCGCACGAGGAUCUCCGCGAGGAUUGUCAUAGCUCCCCUUCCUCUAAAGGCCCCAGCCGCGGCGCGACUUCGGCCCUGACGCCUGCGCCUUCCGACUCGUCCGCAGAGAAAGAGCCCUGUGAACACAACCAUCCACUUAGACAGAAAGACUCAGAUCCUUCGUUGCCAGUCGCCGUCGUUAAUCUGCAAUCACGUCUGAAGCGUCAGUCUGGGCUUCAUAUAGACGUGCCGAGCAUUCUCUGCACAAUACAAACUCGCUUCAAGCAAGUCAGUACAACCUUGCAGUCGCGGUCUCUUGACCGAAGCGCAGCAGAUGAUCCCAACAUCUGGGGUAUGUCGGCGGCCAAGAUGCUCAUCUUGCGCUCGAAGCUCGAGCAAUGGGCCGAUCUUGUGGUAGCGGGGACAGAGGCACUGAGUUUGGAAGAUAGGGGCCCACACGAUGCGGUCAUGGGAGAUGUGGGAGGGAGCCUAAUGGACAUGAACAAUGCGUUCGCGCGAGACCUGUAUGUGCCAGGCUUUGAUUUCGGGGCUGACGCAUGGGGGGACCCGAAUGGGUGGCUGAUGGAUAUGUGUGUCUUUGGUGAGGGAGGUGUAAACCCCUUCGAUGGGAAUGGUCUCGACUGGGACCCGAUGGUGGUGAACUCGGUGGGAUCCGUGGAGCAUGUGACACAUGGUGAUGGGCCGCUAUACCAAGGCUAAGGAAACAGAAGUUACAUGCAAGCUCUGGGUACUCGACUCCGAGACGGAUAGUUACCCCUGAGUAUUUAUUGUUGAUCUAGGGUAGGCAAGGAGUCUUGGGGUGAUCACGGACAGUCUGGUUGGACGCACACCCACCUGUGACCGAGCCUUAUUGACCAGAUGUAGACUCAAGUAUUAAUAUUAGAAAGGCCGGAUGUGUG